AUGAAGUUCUCAUCGCUCCUCGCUGCUUUCGCGGCCCUCGCGCUGGCAUCGUCCACCCACGCCGCCUUCAUCGACCUACGUCACCUCGAACCGCGCUACGUCUCGGGCCUCGUCGCCCCCUCUGGAUACAAUUACAGCUGGGCGAUCGACAACUGGCGCAUGGCCCUCAACACCACCGGUCUGCGCUCCUACCUCAACCGCACCACCAUCGACGCCACCGCUACCGCCACCAACCAGACGUUUGUCAAUGCGUGCACGCAGUUCUGCGAGCGCACCAGCGGAUGUGCCAUGGUGCAUUUGAUCAUGUUUGCCGACUUUCCGGAAGGCAACAUGAUCUGUGCGGUGUACGACGCGCCGAGUCCAAGGAGCGAGUCCAAGUACACCAAGGGAAUGUGGGGCGGGAACGGGACGGUGCGCGCGAGCUACACGUUUACGAGGAACGCGGGGCGAGUCGCCCAAGUGGCGAGUAGCAAUGGUUCCAGCUCGGCGGCUUCGCCAAGCGCUGCUCCCCAGCUCGCCAGUAGCCCUUCGUCCUCCUCAGCCUCUUCGUCCUCCUCAGCCUCUUCGUCCUCCUCAGCCUCUUCGUCCUCCUCAGCCUCUUCGUCCCUCUCCCUCUCUUCGUCCGCAUCCACCUCUGCCUCGCUUUCCAGCUCGUCUGCGUCGUCCGCUUCGACUUCGGCUGCCUUCUCCGCAUCUACCUCCCUUUCAACCGCGUCUGCCGCAGCCACCUCUUCCGCCUCGACCACCUCUGCCGACUCGUACGUCCCCACCACCUCCUCGACCCAAUUCUCGGCCGCUUCUUCUGGCACGCUCUCCUCCACCUCCCCCUCCUCCUCCCCGUCCACCACCACCACCGCCGCCACCACCGCCGCCACCUCGCCCACCAACAGCAACUGGACGUGGAUCGACGUGCCCGGCACGCAGUGCGGCGAUGGCUCUCCCACCGGUCUUGCCGUCUCCCUCCUCCCUUCCUCCUCGGACCUGCUCAUCCGUCUCCAAGAAGGCGGUUCGUGCUACGACGCUUCCACCUGCUACCGUCAGAACCGCGUUUACAACAUGAACGGUUUCAACGGCACCACCUUCCUGGCGCAGAAUCAGCCGCAGGCGUUGGCGAACUGGUUCCCGUUCAACCGUCAGAACCCGACAAACCCGUGGAGGGGGGCGAAUCUGGCCUUCAUCCCGUACUGCACGGGCGACUUGCAUGGCGGAGACAAUGUGGUGACGUACGAAGGGGCGGGGAGGACGACGUGGCAUAAGGGGUUUCAGAAUGGACGGUUGGAUCUGGUCAAGUUGAGGGAGAUGCUGCCCGAUGUGCAGAGGGUGUGGAUCGCCGGUACGAGCAGCGGGGCGUUUGGGACGGUGUUGCAGUAUCAGAAUGCCCAAGACGCCUUUGCGGGGGUGAGGAUCGAUCUGUUGCAGGAUUCUGGCGAGACACCGUUGCCAGCCACCUUCCGACCGACGUGGAACACCCACGUUCCCGAUCAAACCCGUUGCCCCCUGUGCGACGAUAGCAACUUUGACUCGUACAUCGUCGGAUUGGCCAAGGCGAACCCGGCGGCGCGGUUUGCGAGUGUGAGUGCGACCAACGACACGCAGAUCCCGCGAAAUCAACCCGUCACCCCCGACCAGCACUAUCUGGAACUCCAACGGUUGUGGAAGCAGAUGGACGCGGAAACGAUUAAUGCAAGGAGCUUGGUCGUACCGGGACAGGGCCACGGCAUGCUCUUCAACGCCAACAGGGCCGCCGCCGACUCCACCGACAUGUGGAGCUGGCUGGCGCAGUUCAAGAACGAUGAUCCCAACUGGAGCUCGCAUUGA